GUGUCUACAACAUCCGCGCAUGCGCAUCAAGUUGCUUGUACUAAAUGGAGGCUGUUUGAAAUGUCGUCUGGAAACUGUAACACAUUAAAAACAUGACAUGAUAUUGCAUUUAAUAUUUACCAGCUACUAGGUACGAUUGUAAAGAGCGGUCAAUAUGGACUAUAGUGUUGAUGGUGCUGAGGAAGUGGAGACUGAGAGAUCCUCAUCUCCAACUGAAUUGCAGUCUCCUGUCAUGGACCGUAACCCAUCACCACCCCCAGACGCAGCCGAUGGAGAGGAGGACGGGGAUGUGGAUGCCAUUGGAGACACUGUUUACAGCAAGCACUGGCUUUUCAGCACCCUGACUCGUCUCAUCCAUAUGGUCACAGAGCAUUCGGAGGUGGACUCUGUAGGUCAGAUGCAGCUCCCCGAUGAUGAUGAGGAAGCUCUAUGUAGAGUCUGGGAUAUGGCAAUGGAUAAGGAUGUGGCUGGUUUUCUGCAGGAAUUCAAAGCUACAGAUAUCCUCCUUGGGGUGAUCGCCAAAUCUCGUUGUCCACGUCUCACAGAAAUUUGUGUGGGAAUCCUUGGGAACAUCGCUUGUUUUCCUGGCACUUGUCUGACUCUUAGCAGAAAUGAAGACUUAGGUGCUGUGCUGUUGCUUCUUCUUGGAGAUACAGAUCCUCCGACACUUCUGGAAACAAGCAGAUUGCUGCUGACCUGUGUCUCUCAGAAAGACGUCUGUUCCCUGUGGCUCCAGCGAAUACGUCAGCAGACGUCUGUGCGCUCCAACCUCCUUUUCAUCAUGUGCAGUUCCACCAACACUGACCUGCUUGAGAAGGUUGGAGAGCUGGUUGAUAAACUGUUUGACCUUGACGAAGAGCUGAUGAAGAGUUGGAUCAUAGAUCAACCAGGUGAGGAGAAGGAGGAUGAGGAUGGUGAGAGUCAGCUGGAUGUGGCAUCAUGUCUUCUCGAGGCAGCCAAGCAGCUUCGGUCAGAGAGUCCGAAUGGCUUAGAGGUUUACCUCCACGCCCUCCAACUCCUCACCACCAUAGUCGAGGGCAUUCAGACUUUUGUUGCCCCUGAUGGACCUGGCAAAGCAGUGUGGGACUUUGUCUCUGGCGUUGUGUGUGAGGAUCUCUGCCAGCCAACUGAUCUUCCUGUUGUCCUGCAAGAGCAAAAGAGCAUUUUGGUUCAGGCCUUUGCUGUGCUGCAGGCUCUGUAUAGAUGCCAGGAUCAGUGGUGCAGCAGAAGUGACACAAGUAUUCCUCUAAUUGGAACCAUUUUGCGGGUGCUUCAGUACCACAGUGAGGGCAAAGAUGACGGUACCAGCAAAGAAGACAGAAAAGAUGAUCAGCUCCAGACUCUGGCAGAGAUCACGGCUGAGUUUCUAGCUGACAUCUGCAUUCAGAUUCCCAAGGACACCGUGGCAGAUUUGGUGACGAAAGGCUACCUGACAGAGAAGACUGCUCUCACAGCUGCGGGCAGUUUACUUCCCAACUUUAAGACUUCAUUUCAGCACCUGCAGUCCAUGCUGUCAGAGACUGAUCCCCAAAUGGCAGACAUGCGGCAUCUAUUUCCCCUCCAAAGAUCCUGCUCCAGGUCGUACUUUUUGGAUUUCCAUUGGAAAGACUAAACGAGGAUGUCACACUAUCACGAGUGGCGGACAGUGUGACAAAGACUUUUUUUUUUUGCAAAAUUCAAUUGUGUUUCUGUUCAAUGUUUUCUAUUGUUCUGUGAAAGCUAUUUUUGUAUGAAAUAAUUGACUUUUCUUUUAAUAAAAACCCUUUACUGAA